AUGGCGGAGGAGGUGAACUAUGACGAGCUGGCGGACUUGCUGGCGUCGGAUGCGCCCGUUGUGAGUGAGGCCGCCGAGGCCGUGGUGGGAGAACAGGAGAGCGACAAGCCGAGGAAGCACAAGAAGCACAGGAAGCACAGGAAGCACAAAAGAGACAAGAAGCGGCCACGUGGGGAGGAGGGCAAUGCCGGGUCCUCCGAUGACGAGCGCGUCAAGUCCAAGUACGUUCUAGAUGCUGCGGAGAGCGGUGACUCCGAUAGCGAAGACGAGCUUUCUGAGACAGACUUCGUCGAUGAAGACGAGGAGGUCGAGGGCAUCCACUACGGUGAUUAUCCUCAGCGCUACCUGUUCCACGAAGGCGAUGAAAAGAAGACCGUUGAAGAAAUGGCUCGCUACUACGAAGAGGCUGACAGACACUACCGCAUGCAUGGUGAUCACGAAGACGAACUACUGACACGCAGUGACUUGUCCUCGCGUCGCCUCGCCUCGCAGUUUCUGCCACGCGAGGACGACCCGAAGGUGUUUGCUGUCAAGUGUCGCCCUCGCAUGUCACGCGUUCUAGUGACGCGCAUUGUGAACAAGUGCUACGCCUACCGUGUUGGGCGUAACUAUGAACGCAAGAAGGUGGACCUCGGCAUUAUCUCCGUCUUCGCUCUGGAUCACGUGAAGGAGUACAUCUACGUUGAGGCAAGUCGCAAGCGCUUCGUGGAGAACGUGCUCAACGGACUCGAUGGCGUCUUCCGUUUCAACAUCGCCGUGGUCGACCCGAAGGAGCUUCUGCAGACAAUGGAGACGCGUCCAUCCACGCAGAAGGUUCGUGUUGGCGACUACGUGCGCCUGCGCCAGCGCUUUUAUCGGGGAGACCUUGCUCAGGUAACGGCGCUGCACCCGGACGGUGUCCACAUUACGUGCAAGGUGGUUCCUCGCGAGGACUUUGUGCAAAAGCCGUUCAAUAAGGCGACGAAACGACUUGAGCCUCGCUUCUUCACACCGCGGCAGGCCGUAGGGGUUCGAGAAAUGGAAAACUCAUACAUUUGGGGCGAUCUGCACUUUGAUCGGGAGGGGUAUCUCCUCAAGACUGUUUCGACGCGCAUGGUCAUAUCGGGAGCGCAGCUGGAGCAGCCCAGUACGGAGGAGCUCGCUCGAUUCUACAACGAUCAGCGCGAGAAGGUGGAGCGGGCCCUCAAGGCAGCAGAGGCGGCUGCACAGGUGCCACACAUCAGCAUUGGUGACUCCGUUCGUGUGACGACAGGACAGCUGCGCAACACUAUCGGAGUGGUGGAAAACGUGUUCACCAACACGAACACCGCCGUGCUCACCUGCACAGUGCCUGGCCGCGUGCAGCCCAUCAAGGUGCAGGUAGAGCUUAGCGCGUGCACGAAGCACUUCUCCGAAGGCGCGCACGUCGUAGUGGAGCGUGGUGAACACGCUGGUGAGUCCGGCACCGUAGUCAAGUCCUGGGGCAGUAUCGUGUUGUUGUUCCCGGACCGCGCCGCCGUUGGGGCGGAGCUUAAGGUCGAGGCGAACGACUGCCACCAGAGCAAGCUGGGUAGUGUCUCGGUGCACUCGAAGGGCGUGUGGCAGGUGUUUGAUCUCGUCUCCAUCACGGAGCCCAAUUGUGUUGGCUGCAUCGUGCGCCUGAACCGCAACGAUGUGGAUGUGCUGACGGAGAAUAACGACGUGCGCACGUUGUCGUACGCGCAGGUGAACGCGGUAGGGCGUGACACACGCCAGACGACAGACUGCCGCGAAAACACGCUUUCUCGAGGCGCGGAGGUGCACAUCCAGAAGCACCCCUGGACGCCGAUCGGUCUUGAGGGGCAGACAGGCCGUAUCGAGCACAUCUUCCACCGGACCAUCUUUGUGCGCUGUCGCGCAUCGCCGCUCCACGCGAACAUAGUGGCGCUGAAGGCAGAGUGCGUGCUCCUCAUCGGCGGCCGCAAGACGACUCGACGCGCUGCGCCGACGCAGGAGGCGGCGACGGGAACGAGUGCAGGUCAGUACGCUGCGGCUGCCGUUCGUCUCUCCGCUGGGCAGAGCCGAGACUCGGAGCAGUGGGAUGAGAGUUCGAUGAUGGACAUCAAUGCAUCCGCGGUGGUUUAG